GAAGUGCACAGUGGAGACUCGGCUAUAGCAGGCAGCUGUCAAACGUCAUUCUAUCGUCUCGUUUGUUGUGAUUCCGGUGCUUCGCAAACGACGCCGAAUACGCGACCACAACAAAAACCGACGAACACCAUGACGUCACCGAUCAGCUGUGUUGGCAGCGUGGCGUCGUCACCAGAAAAGCGGCUGCGCGUGUGUGCGUGAGCGUGGAGGUGAAGCCAAAUAUCGAUUUUUCACGCAAAGUCCUUAUUUUGUGUGGCAGGAAACAAGACCGCAGUUGGCCGUCGUUCGCACGAAAAUACGGGGUUUUCGGUCAAAUAAAGGCAAAAUUUGUGAUAAUAAAGUGCAAUAGUGUGUGCUGCGGUUGGGGAACAUGAUGGAGUUGUACGAUUCGGCACGCUAUGGAUCGAUUUUUAGCAACAUUUACCUCUCGAGUGAAUCCGGUGACGGUAGCGGCGGUAGCAGCAGCAACGGCAGCGAUGGCGGCCCUAGCGCUGCAGCAAAAAAGGAUUCGAAAGCAAAAUUACUGCUGGAACCAUCGUUGGAACGGUACGAGAUAGCCGCUAAUGCGUCCCGAUUUGCGGUUUAUCACGCCGUGCGGUCAAUUGUGCUGGAACGGGAGACGACGACCCGCAGUACGGUUACGUCCAUGAGAAUAAUCGAUACCGCACUGGAUGAGCCGAAAUCGAUUGGACAGCAGAGCAGCGGUGGGAACGGCGUUGGUGGCGGUGGCUCGAUGGCCACGCGAGUGCCGCAGAUUGUGCUGGCGGGUCUGGACAGUCUGUACGGGAUUAUAGCGGAAACGCGACAGAGUCAGCCUCGCAUUGCCACGAAGGCGCUCCGUUCUUUGUACGACAUCCUGCAGGGACAAGUGCCAGAGGGAAUGCGGAACGAGCCGGAGGCUGUGUUUGGUCCGCUGUUCGAUCUACUGCUAGAGCUAGCGACCAGCAGUACACCGGCUUCAACGGCCACCAGCGGCUGGUCAUCGCUGGCUUGCUCGACACUACUUUCCUUGGCCAUCGCCAAGGGUGAUACCGGGCGUAUAGUGCGAGCCGUGGCCGCCAUUCUAAUGAGUUCGACUCAUACUGGCAACGCAACGAUCGGUGGUGGCACCGGUAGCGGCGGUUCCGUACAGAUGCCCCAAAGUGUGGCCAAACUGCAGCGAACGAUCUACUCGAUGGCCACCGGACGGGCCACGAUAGCGGACUACUUCCGGUGCGGUGUACCACGGGGCUGCCUGAUCGGUGAGUUCCGGCUACCGCUGGAAUCGUCGAGCGUCUAUUCGGUCGCCUCGGAUGGAAAAUUUCUGUACUUGGUGACGGCGAAGGGAUUGCUCAAGAUCGGUUCCGGUUUUAAUGGAACUCAAGAGGGAUUAAUUUAUGGUGCCGUCACUAUCACCAUGGCUAAACACGAGCUUCCGGGAUGGAUUGGUUAUGCUGGCGGCAAACUGUACUACGGACGUAUCAGUAAGACGAACGUGAACAAUGGCUGGACGUUCCAGUUGUACGAUCCAGCCACGUUGGCAGCACUAGGCACGGUUCAAACGGCACCCAUUCCCACACUACAGCGCCGCUAUGGUCAACUGUUUUCCGAUGGCGAUGCCAUCUGCUGGCUCGGUGCCGUAUCGGACGGUGGCUCGGACCUAGAGGAUCAGGAGGAAGACAUUCUGGUCGUGAAGCAGCUGUAUCCACCCGUCUCCAACGUCACUUCGAGCGCAAUACCGGGUCCAACGGAAAUACGGCCCGAACUAAGGCUAAAGUUGGCCAAAAACCGUUAUCACACCUACGGUUGGGCAGCUUUUGAGGAAGAACUCGGAGAUAAUGUGGCAGCAGGCGUUGGUGGGGCUGCUGGUGCUGCCGGUACUGCUGGUCCUUCCACAACCACCGUCGUGGCACCACCCGUUUUAGACGGCAAUCCACAGCAAGGUGGAGCCAUUCAGUCGAUCUCUUGUGGCAAAGAGUUUGGUUUGGUGCUAGUAGAUGAUGGAACGGGUGGAGGAGUGACCGGCAAUGGGGGCAAGGUGUUCUAUUGGGGCCGCGGAACAGCACUUGGCUUGAAAUUGUCAGCUAACAUGGCUGGCGGAGCGAGCUGCGUCAUGAGUGCACCGAAAGCUACGGUGACGAUGAAGCUAACGGAACUGACGGCGCUUCCCAAGGGUAUCAGCUACUUUCGACAGGUGGUCGUUGGUCAUGAGGCUAACCAUGGGCUACUGUUGACCAACGAUGGCACCGUGUACUUCACCGGGACAGCCAAGCGUGGGGAAGACGGUGAACUGGCCAAGACUAACCGGCGUCAACCGAAAGCGAUCAAACCGAAGCGUCUGAACAAGCUGGAUGGUCAUUCGGUUACGUUCGUUGCAUGUAACAAUGGUACGUCGGCUUUCGUUACGAAGGAAGGCAAACUGAUUAUGUACGGCAAGGAUACGAACUAUUGUGAACCGAACGGUGUUGUGGGAGGUCUGACCGAUGUGGUCAUCCGGAAGGUAGCGCUCGGGAAGGCACACUGCGUUGCUGUGGAUGCACUCGGGCAACUCUACACGUUUGGUCUCAACAAUAAGGGCCAAUGUGGACGCAAAUUCCAGCGUGAACGUAAUGUGGAUGAAUCGGCAACGACCAACAAUCCGUCAAACAUCCCUUCAACCAAUCCACCGAACGGUGCACCGGCAAGUCUAACCGGGACUCAGACUUGUAACGCUUGUCACGUGGGGCCACCGCCAUCAAAUGCCGGGACGACCACAACGACCGCACCCCUAUCAACUGCCACCGAUCCUGAUACACCACGGAUCGUGCCUGUUCCGCCGCAGCGUGUGGAGCUGCCACAUCUUAGUUCCGAUAGCCGGCGUUCACCGAUCGUUACGCAGAUCGCUUGCGGUCAGCAUCACUCGUUGGUCCUCACGUCAACUGGGGAGGUAUUUAGCUUUGGCUCGAACCAGUACGGACAGCUGGGUACGGGGGAUUUGCAGGCACCGGCCGGUGGACGUCCCUAUCUGAUACGCUUCCCAUCUGGUGCCGGAACAAUCGUUUCGGUAGCGGCCGGAAGCAACCAUUCGGUGGUGCUCACUAGCCGUGGGGCGGUCUAUACGUUCGGUAACUUUCACAAGGGUCAGCUGGGCCGAGAAGCACCAGGUGGUGGUGUAACCGGUGGCGGUAGUGAUGGUGGCAACUUCUUCUGGCACUGUGCACCGGUUGCUAUAGAUUCGUUUGGACCGGGAACAGGUCGACGGGCCUCGUGGAUUGCGGCCAGCGGUGAUCAGACGUACAUCAAGGUGGAAGAAUCGCUCAUCAAUGGGGCAGCGUUGGCAAAAUACAGUGUCACCGCCGAUCGAACGACCAUUUUACUGAUUCCCUGCAAUCAACCGCAGCUAACGGGAUCGAUAACGAUCGAUCGACGCACCGGUCACUGUCGGGCACAUCGGACGAAUCAGUUCGAUGCUCGAACCGAGCUGGGUGCCGGAUCCAUACAGCCAGUACUCAAGGAUGCUUACCGCCGCAAUGUCGCUGCCCGCUGGCACUUUUCCUUCACGCUCGAUCCUCUAUUUAACGUUCUCUGGGCCUACGAUGCGAUACGGAAGCGGAUGCUGAUUUUCAACCCGAUCGCGGCCGAGAUGUAUCGUCGAAAGGCGAAGCGUAAGCAACGAUCACAGCACCAGGAAACAGCGGGGGAUGCACCGGAGGGGGUAGACAGACAGGACACCGGACGACCGAGUGGAUCCACUGAACCACUCAGUGUGUUGAGUCCGGAGAUUGCGUUGCCACAACGGUGGCAUGGUUGUGAGGUACCUCGCUUCCAGCUUGCCCUCAAUUUGCUCGCCUGUCUGGAUGUGCUGACGGAGGCAACGGAACGGUUGGGCGCCACUGGCCAAUGGCCACCGUUUGAGCAAGCAUUGGAUGGAUCAUCAACGGUUGGAGGUGGUGGUUCGACUUCUUCACCGCUCGAUGGUAACGUGAACGUCAAUGCAGCGGAUUGGUUUUCCGGUGCUCGCGGUGCAUUCAGUGCCAGUGGUCGCCAAGUGAAAUUAUGUGAGCUGCCCGGUGGAGAUGAUGAUCCGCUAGAGGAAGAGCUUCCAAGCGAUCAACAUCGCUCGGCCCUCCUGACACCAACGUUCGGUGCCGGAGCCGGUAUUGACGAGGAAUCCCCUGGGAAUCGUUGGAACAUCGGUCCAUCCCAGGAUGAAAAUGCUGCUGGGGCUGGCUCGGGAGUGCUAAAUGGUGGUGCAGGCGAUGCUCGAUUUCCAUUCCGUUCUGGACGAACCAAACCUCCAACGGCCAGCAGUAAUACGACAGCGGGUGUUCAGUAUCGUCGCAAGAAACCAGCCACACCAACGAUAAUGGCGCCCGGAUCGAACGUCUCGAGUGGUAUGCAGAGCAGUGCCAGUAUGGACGAGAGCAUCAUUCCGCUCUGUCCAAUAUCGCGACGCUUUGCCACCGGUAUCAACCGGGAAACGCUCGAAUCGCUAACGGAACUGUUAAGCUGGGCCUGGAACGCAUUCCGUAAUCUGUCCGGAGAGCAGAAGAAGGGCACAAAGUCGGGUGCGGCGUAUCUUUCGUUCAUCUGUCGUGCGUGUUUGCGCUUGCUGCGACGCUACCUCAACGCCAUCUACCAUCCAACGGGAUCACGCACCACGACGGCAGACAACGAGGAUGGUGAUCUUCAGUCGGAGGACGGAGUACUACGAUCGGAGUAUCUGCAUGCCGCACCACCAUUCGGAUCGGGCCAUCACGCCGGCAGCACGACUAGCUACUCACCGAUGUCCUCCUCGGGGCCGGGGAUGCCAACGGGUGCUACCGGUAGCCAUCAAACGUUAGCGGCCGCCGUCAUCGAAAUCCGUACACUACUGAUCGACAUUCUGGCCGAUCGGGUUACGCUGCCGGUGAUGGAGCGCACGAUGCGAAGGCGCGUUUCCCGCGCCAAACGCGAAGUGUUGGCCGAGUGUCACCGUACAUUCGUCCGGUGUUUCGACAUCUUCUAUCCUACGCCGGCACUGAAGUGGGAUGUACUGUGCCGUCGGUUGCUGCUGCUACGGGAAGCCGAUAGCAAUACGCAUGAUAUCAUCGGUGGGAAGCCUGCGGUCGAUCGGUAUCGUUAUAGCUACGGACCAGUUGGAGGAGGUAGCAGUAGCACACCGACUUCUGCUGCUGCUGCUACGGGAGGUAGUGUAGUAGCUGGUGGACGCCUUCUACUCAGUGCCAUUCUGGCUGGUCUUUGCCAACCAUCGGUAAAUCUGAGGGUCACUUUCUCGAUCCUUUCGGCGGGACCAGCACCGUCAGUUUCAUCACGACCUACUUCUGGGACCUCCGGCGCACUGCUCAUUUCACGAAAUCGUGAUCUGUUGGCCAGUUUGAUCGAGCAGAUGACGGCUACGGUGGCGACAGGUACGUCGGUACACUCGGAUGGCCACAGCGGAGGAGGUGGUAGUGCUACACCGCAUCAUCAUGCACACGCUCCUCAACAUCCGCAACACCAUCUGCCCGAUUGGCACUUCCGUGAUGUGCUCGAGCUGUUACUGGAACUUGUGUCGGAUCCGGUGAGACGUAAGCUGGACCGCAUUGGACGGCAUCGGCGGCGUGGAAGUAGUAGCAGUGGUAGUAGUGCCGGCAGCAACACUAGCAGCGGUGGUAGUAGCUGCCGUAGUAGUGAAGAUGUCGACUACGAUUAUGAGCUCGAGGAGAAUGAAUCGGGUGAUGGAUUGGCGGCCACGGUUGGUGGUCAUGGUCACCGUCAGCAGUAUGGUGCCGGGGAAGCCGAUUACCCGGAUCGUGAGACGGAUCUGGGGCGCACUUCAGUUGCCAGUCAUCGAAUGGAUGCGUCCACUGGUGGUGUUGGUGGCAGCAUGGACGCCGCUGCUGGUGCUGGUGGUAGCGAUUGUGAGGAUGAUGAUAGCGAGCAGGAUGACGAGCAGGAUGAUGAUGAGCAGAGUCAGGAACGGUUGUUGAUACGGAACGGAUGUCGCUUGCUGGCGAAACUGCUGUCGGAGAUUAUCCACCAUGGUUGUGAUCCGCUCGAGCAACGAUCGGCUUGUGAACGUGGUGUUAGCGGAGGUACCGGCGGCGGUGGUGGUAGUAAUGGAGAUCAGGAUCCGGACUCGGGAACUGGAGGAACGACGGCGAGUGAUCUGAUGAUACCACCGCUGCUGGGCAGCAAUCGCCUUUUCAGCACUGGGAGUCGCUUCGGAAAGAUCGAUCUCGGGAAGACAUGGAAUACUGGGAACUUUGGACCGGAUGCCAUUGCGUUCACCGUCGAUCGGGCUGGCAUUUCGAUUGCUGGAGCAUGUGUUUACUCGGGAUCGGGAAGUUACGAGUAUCAGCUGGAACUGCUGUAUGAUAGCCAUCACUCGACCCACUCACACACACACUACUCACACUCGCACCGCUGGGAGGUGCUGGAGUCGAUCGUCGGAUCGUACGAUCAAACGGCUGUUCGUCAGCAUAUGGCCGAGUUGCGGUUCAAUCGUGCCGUUCUACUGAAGGACAACCAUCGGUACGCCCUGCGGCUCUGCAGUCAGGGUGCCCGGACACUGUCCGGUGAUUGUGGCCAAUCAUCGCUGCGCGGUCCAUGCGGUACGGUUACGUUCCGAUUCUAUCCUUGCGAUCUCAGCUUCAACGGUACAACGCCAGCUCGUGGCCAGAUACCGGCCAUCCUGUACUACAGCACACCGAGCGGAGCUGCUGGGUUUCAGGGACUAAGUACCGCUCCAUUGGCCAACGCUGGAGUAGGUCUCCGAGAGCUGGGCAACGGUAGGACACAAGCCCGUGAUCUGGCACUGGAAGUGGCCCGUGCCAUUGUCGGUCGCUGCCGAGAGCUGUUGACCGUGGCCCAUGAGUUGGCACUCUGGACAUCGCCAUCGGGAGCCGGGUUGCGGGCACCUUCCUCAUCGGAAAGCUCUUCCACGCCUUCCUCGACGUCCGCUUCUUCGGCUGGUGUGAUCGGGGGCAUCGUUGGCGGUAUCGGUAACGUUGGUGCUGGUGCUGGUGGUGUUGGGGUAGCGAUCGAUUCCGAGCAUAACAUUACCCCGAUCGAGGAACAUCUCGACGUUGGCUCGACCGGUUUAGUGAGUGUGAUCGCAUCGAAUGUUGCGGCCACAACGACAACGAUCGAGCGGACGCGGCGUACAAUCGGGAAGGUACUACCGAAGGGAUUGCUAGAAACGUUACGCGUUGGAACCGGUGGUAGCGGUCAGAUGUCCGGUGUUGCUGCUGCUGCUGGUGGUGGUAGCGCGUCAACUGCUACGGCUGCUUCUGGUGUUCCGUACGAUCCGUACGAGAUUGAUUCUGCUUCCGAAGCAACGGUUGGUGCGAUCAUUGGUCCGGCUAAUGCUUCAUCGGCCGCCAGCGGCAUUGGCAUGUCGGCGAAUGGGAACGAAAUGGAACUAGGCCCAGGCAGUGGCGCUAGUCAGCUAAUGCCCGUCACGAUACGUAGGCGUACUGUUUGGGAUCUGUUCCGUUCCCGAGCGACCCGUUGCCCUUCGGUGGUAAACUGUCUGUUCCGCUAUCUACUGCCGCUGAC